AUGUCUCUUCUCAAAGCUCUGAGCAUCAUCUGUGGAUUGAUGCUCCAUGUUUCACACGGUGCACUCAACACUAACUACUGUGCCCCACGCAAGACUGUCCCGUAUCAGAAUGAGCUGAAGAUGUUCAGAGAGGAUGGGAUCUCCAACUACUCCACUAUGUUGAUGAGAGAUGACCUGGGCCUGCUGCUGCUGGGAGCCAGAGAGGCCAUAUAUGCUCUGGACAUCGACGACAUCUCAGUGAGAAAGUCUGAGGUGUACUGGCCAGUGACCGAGGAGAAGCAGAGGGAGUGCACGAACAAGGGAAAAAACGCUGAGGUGGAAUGCCGCAACUACAUUCGAACCCUGCAUAGAGUCAAUGACACUGCGAUGUAUGUGUGCAGCACCAAUGCUUUUAGCCCCACCUGUGAUUAUAUGACUUUUGUAGGCGGACAGCUGAAGCUAAAGGGAAAGCAGGAGAAGGGGAAGGGGAAGUGUCCUUAUGAUCCAUUACAGAGAUAUUCCUCUGUCAUGGUUGGUAAUGACCUGUAUUCUGCUACAUCCAUCAACUUCAUGGGCUCCAAGCCUGCGCUUCGGCGCAGUUCAAACUUGGCCCUCGGCACUGAGGACAAGAGCUCCUGGUUCAGUGAUCCAAACUUUGUCCACAUGGACUUUGUUGGGGAGAGUUUUGACAGUUCAGAUGGCGACGAUGAUAAGGUGUACCUGUUCUUCAGCGAGAACGCCAUAGAGUACGACUUCUACAGCAAAGUCACAGUGUCACGAGUGGCCCGUGUCUGCAAGGGGGAUAUGGGUGGCCGGUGGACGCUGGAGAGGAAAUGGACGUCGUUUCUGAAAGCUCGUCUGGAUUGUUCCCUCCCUGAACCCAGCCUGCCCCUAAUUGUCCAGGAUGUCUUCCUGCUGAAGCACCAGGACUGGAGGAAGAGCGUCUUCUACGCUGUCUUCAAACCGCAAUCGAGUUUGUCCCAGGUUUCUGCUGUGUUCGCGUACAACGUUUCUAUCAUGAGAAAUAUUUUCAAUGAGGGAAAGUUCAAGACAAGUAUUUUCGCUUACAACUCCCAUGUGAAGUGGGUGAUGUACACCGGAGAAGUGCCAGUCCCCAGACCAGGAGCUUGCAUCAAUGACGUGGCUCGCAAAAUGGGGAUAAACAGCUCUCUGGACCUUCCUGACAAAACCCUCCAGUUCAUCAAAGAAAAUCCCCUCAUGGACGAGGCCGUUCCUCCGCUGACAGGAGGGCCGCUGCUGGUCAAGAGGGGAGCUUUGCUGACUCGGAUUGUAGUGGACAGCGUGCUGGCGCUGGACGGAGAGAGAUACGCUGUCAUGUUUAUUGGCACUGAAAAUGGCUUUGUUCAGAAGGCUGUUAACUACGCUGGAGAAAUGUUCAUCAUUGAGGAGAUUCAACUGUUUGAAAACCCUGAGCCGAUCAACAUACUGCGCCUCUCAUCCACCAAGGGUCUGCUGUACGCCGGAUCAGAUUUCGGUGCUGUUCAGAUGCCAGUCAGCAACUGCAGCCGCUACGACAUGUGUGUGGACUGCAUCCUGCCCAGGGAUCCGUACUGUGCCUGGGACUUUUCCACUGGGCGCUGCUCCUCGGUCCACAGCUUACCCCCCUCUCCAAUUACUGCAAUGCAGAGUCUGAAGGAGGGAGACGUCUCACAAUGUCCUCAGCAAGAUCCAGUUGCAGCUGUGGACUUCACCCUCGUCCCACAGAACAACAUCCAGCUGUCUUGCCAGCUCCACUCCAACUUGGCACAGGUCAUCUGGCGUUUCUCUGACCAAACACUUCACUCCAACCACAAAUACUACAUCUACAGCGGUGGCCUCCUCAUCUUGAGCGCCAAUGAAUCGGAUGCCGGCCUUUACACCUGCGACUCAGUAGAGCAGAUAAACGGCAGAACAUACAACCGAACUGUGGCGGUUUAUCAUUUACAGCUCAGCUCUGAACCAGGAGUGGAGGACAGCACCACUCCUGGCAGGGUGACUAGUUUGGGGGUGGCCGUGGGUCUGCUCUCACUGUUUUGCCUCUGCAUGGGGGUCAUAUUUUGCAUUUGGAGAGGAGGACGCCCGACGUGCUCCAAAGAGCGAGAGGAAGCGGCAGUCGCUGUGCGUCUGGAGGGCCUAAGAUACUUAAAUGAUAAGUCCGAAAUUUGA